AGAAAGAGAGCAGAUAUGAUGACUACUCCACUCAAUAAAUGGGUGUGAAAAUUCAGUUUGUCUAGAUCUUUUCACACCCAUUCAAGAUCCCUCCAGCCAAUCUGACGUCAGUUUCCGUCUACCCUCGGAUCAUCAUACCCCCGGAAGUCAGAUUUCCGGCAUGUUGUAUGACUACUAAGGCGGUCAGUGGAUUUGGUUGGGAGAAUUCAGUAGAGAAGAUGAAUUUUCAUGUGUUGGGGUGUAAUGAUACACAAAUUGUUUGUUGGUGUUUUUCUGAAGAUUUCAAGAGGGUCGAGAUGAUAAUUUUCUUGUGUUCUCGGUGAAUUGGUGGAAGAAAGAUCUUCCUUCUGUUGUUUCUAUUCUCAUGCAUUUAUAGAAGACAGUACUGGAGGUAUGUAUAAGAACCAAUUGCAAGAGUUAGCUCAAAGAAGCUGUUUCAACCUUCCAUCGUAUGCAUGCAUCCGGGAAGGACCAGAUCAUGCCCCGAGGUUCAAGGCGACUGUUAAUUUUAAUGGUGAGAUUUUCGAGAGUCCAAGCUUCUGCAGCACUUUGAGACAGGCAGAGCAUGCUGCUGCAGAGGUAGCACUUAACACGCUCUCAAGGAGAGGCCCUUCUAGAUCAUUAGCUGCAAAAGUUUUGGAUGAGACUGGAGUAUACAAGAAUUUGCUUCAAGAAACGGCCCAUAGAGCCGGGUUAAACCUGCCAGUUUAUACCACAGUUCGGUCUGGACCAGGUCACAUUCCCGUCUUCUCAUGUACAGUUGAGCUUGCAGGGAUGAGCUUUUCAGGCGAACCUGCAAAGACCAAGAAGCAGGCUCAGAAGAAUGCUGCCAUGGCUGCAUGGUCUGCACUAAAGCAAUUGCCACAUUUGGGUGGUUCAUCAUCAGCAUCUUCCUCCACAUCCUUAGAGCCUGAAAGCAACGACGAACAGGAGCAAGUCAUCAUUGCUCGAGCUCUUGCCAGUUUGCAUGGCACGGAUGGAAACAAGCCACCACCACAGAACGAUCGGCAACGUGGAAGGCGGAAACCCGCUUCUGCCCGUAGAGACACGAACCUGUCUAGCAGCCUAUCUGUCUACCCCAUGCCAUACCAGAGCUGGGCAUACUCCAAUUUUUCACCCGACGUAGCCAUGUACCAGAUGUGGCAGCAAGAACAAGUGUCCCAGCAGCAAACUCGCAUGCUAGCCCUUCCAGGCCCACCUCCUCCAUCCGAUCCUAGAAUCUUGCCAUUUAUACAGUCCAUAUUCCAGCCGAACCAUAGCCAGUAUUUCCCAGCAAGAGAGCAAGAACCGAUUGGGGGAGUACCGGGCAUCGCCAUGUCAGGCCCAGGUUCACCGCUGUAUUUCCCAAGCCACUCUGUAUCGAUUCCAAUUCGAAGUAGGGUGACCAUACAAGAGAUACAUGAGGAGAAGAACCAAGGGGAAGAGGAGUGGCUACGAGGCGGGACGUCAGAUGCAGAUGGUGAUCCCGAGAGCCGGAGAAUCAAUCUCCAACCAAAGAACCCGGGUUUUCCGCAGAACCCUCCUGUAUCAAUGAACGGACGUGCCAAACCCGAAAUUCAGGAGCCACACGAGGACAAGCAAAAGAAUGGCGGGCCGGGCAUCUCAAACAUGUCCUCCGACAGAGAAGCCAACUUGGGUCACCCCGGUUUUAAGCCAGUUUCUUCUGGUUCGGGCCCACCAGCAUCCCACAAACCUGCUGAUCCUAAAAAUCUCCAGGAGAUUCAACCGGAGGAGGUCCGAACGGAACCGUUCGAAUGGACUCGUGGGGUGUCCAUGCACAGCCAAAGGGAGACUGGAUUCAUGCCUGGUGCUCCAACCCCAAGCCACAUCCAGUAUCAGUUGCAGAAUCCUCGUGUUUUGUACUCUUCGCGGGCCAAUCAGAGGCCCCAUCAUCAAUUGAAUCCGGGCUAUUCGAGAGCAGCUAAAGUUCUCAGACCUUCAUCGUUGGCAGCCCCAGUGACAAUCAGAACUGCAAUACCUGUAUGCUCAGCAAGGCCCAGAGCUGAAGGUCUGAACAACACUGUCAUGCCUCCUGUUAAUUUCAUGGCUCCAGCGGUUCAGGUGAGAUCAGUUAUUCCCGUCUGUUCGGCACCACCCACGAGGAGUAUCCCUGACACAAGCCGUCAAGAUUCAGAAGACAUCUCGGCAGCGAAUUCAGAACUUGGUAAGCUUCGAAUAUGAGCUUUUUUUUCCUUUCAGAUUUGUGUAUGUGGAUCUUUCUGAUUACCGGAUAAUAUAUUUAUAUAUAUAGAAUGCAUCCUUUUACU